AUGACUGCUGGCGGAAGUGUCGUGUUGGAGCAGUCUUCACUUUGGGACUUCAGCCUUUUACAAGUUUUUACCUGCUGUUUAGCUUCUGCAUUAUUUACUAAUUUCAUUGCAGUCACAAACUACAUAUCUGCGAAAGUUUCUCAGUUUUUGCAUUAUAAAACACCAGAGGAUGAUGAAAUUGAAAAGGUUAAGAAAGAGCUUCAGGAAGGAAGGCAGCAACUUGGUUCUUUAUCUUCGACGGACCAGUUUGCUGCCUACUUCAAAGCAGAGCGGCUUGUAAACAGAUUAAAUGACCAAUAUCAGCAGUUAGGUGUUUACCGAAGUCUAUCUUUUGAGCUGGCUUUAUUUCACCUUUUAGUUUUGAAGCGCCAGAAGGCUGCCAUCAGCUCGUCGUUAUCAGUAAAAUUGAAAUGCUGUGUUUUCAUCGGGUUUCUUUGCUUGAUAUCGUUACUCCAUUCGCGUUCUGUGAUAAUUGGAUAUAUCAGCCCCGAUUAUUUUUGGCCCUUCAGCUUUCUCCUGAGCGCCCCGAAUAUUUUAACUCCUUCUUCUAAGGAAGGGGCUCCAGUUUCUUUGUUUUCGAUUCUUAGUAUGAGCAUAUUGGUUGUGCAAUUAUAUCGAGAUAACCAAAACGUUAAGAAGCAUUUGAAGAAAUUUUGA